AUGUAUCUCUAUAAUCUUACGCUCCAACGGGCGACGGGCAUAAGUCACGUCAUAUUCGGCAACUUCUCAGGGACGAAGGAGCAGGAAAUAGUGGUCGCGAGAGGGAAGAUUCUCGAGCUAUUACGGCCAGAUGCCGCGGGAAAACUGCAGAGCCUGUACGCGGUGGAAGUAUUUGGCGAGAUUCGCUCGCUCGUCCAAUUCCGGCUCACCGGCUCCUCUAAGGACCUCAUUGUCGUGGGAUCAGAUUCUGGCCGAAUUGUUAUAUUGGAGUACAACCGAGAGAAGAAUCUCUUCGAUAAGAUACACCAGGAGACCUAUGGCAAGUCGGGAUGUCGCCGGAUCGUCCCUGGUCAAUUCCUGGCCGUGGAUCCGAAAGGACGAGCGGUCAUGAUCGCAGCCUGCGAGAAGCAGAAGUUCGUGUACGUUCUGAACCGCGACAGCUCGGCGCGCCUCACGAUCUCAUCCCCGUUAGAAGCGCACAAAUCGCAAACCCUAGUCUUCUCCGUCGUGGGCGUGGACUGCGGAUUCGACAACCCCAUUUUCGCCGCCAUAGAGCUCGAUUACGCCGAUGCCGAUCAGGACCCGUCAGGCCAAGCAGCAGCCGACGCGCAGAAGCAGCUGACCUUCUACGAGCUUGAUCUGGGCCUGAACCACGUCGUGCGGAAAUGGGCCGAGCCGGUCGACAACGGCGCGAAUCUCCUCGUUGCGGUCCCGGGCGGCGCGGACGGGCCGUCUGGCGUGCUGGUGUGCGCCGAGAAUUUCGUGAUUUACAAGAACCAGGGCCACCCGGACGUGCGCGCCGUCAUUCCGCGCCGCGCCGACCUCCCCGCGGAGCGCGGCGUGCUGAUCGUCGCGGCCGCGACGCACAAGCAGAAAUCGAUGUACUUUUUCCUCCUCCAGUCCGAAUACGGCGACGUGUUUAGGGUUACCCUAGAGCACGACCCCAAGGACACGGACCGCGUGACGGAGCUGAAGAUUAAGUACUUCGACACGAUCCCGGUGGGCGCGGGGCUGUGCGUGCUGCGCGCGGGGUUCCUGUUCGCGGCGUCGGAGUUCGGCAACCACGCGCUGUACCGCUUCCAGGGCAUCGGGGACGACGAGGAGGUGGAGUCGAGCUCCGCCACGCUCAUGGAGACAGACGAGGGGUUUCAGCCCGUCUUCUUCCACCCGCGCCGCCUCAAGAACCUGGUUCAGAUCGACGAGGUGGAGUCGCUGAUGCCUCUGCUCGACCUCAAGGUCUCCAACCUCUUCGACGAGGAGACCCCGCAGGUCUUCGCGCUCUGCGGUCGCGGCCCGCGCUCCUCCCUGCGCAUUCUCCGCCCGGGGCUCGCAGUCACUGAGAUGGCAGUAACGCAGUUACCAGGCGUGCCGAGUGCGGUGUGGACGGUGCGCAAGAGCGCGCAGGACGAGUUCGACGCGUACAUCGUGGUGUCGUUUGUGAAUGCCACGCUCGUGCUCAGCAUCGGCGACACGGUUGAGGAAGUCAGCGAUUCCGGGUUCCUGGACACCACUCCCUCACUCGCCGUGUCUCUCUUGGGAGAGGACUCGCUCAUGCAGGUGCACCCAAGCGGCAUUAGGCACAUCAGGGCGGACGGGCGCAUCAACGAGUGGAAGACACCCGGCAAGAAGAGCAUCGUCAAAGUCGGCUGCAACCGCUUCCAGGUGGUAAUCGCCCUAUCAGGCGGCGAGCUGGUUCACUUUGAGAUGGACGUGAGGGGGCAGAUGGUGGAGAUGGGCAAGAAGGACAUGCCGGGGGACGUUGCCUGCCUUGACGUCGCCCCAAUCCCCGAGGGCCGCCAGCGAGCGCGCUUCCUGGCCGUGGGAUCGUACGACUCGACCGUCCGGAUCCUCUCUCUGGACCCCGAUGAGAACAUGCAGGUGCUAAGUGUGCAGGCGGUAUCUGCCCCACCAGAGUCCCUUCUCUUCCUCGACGUCCCCACAGGGCCUGGCACAGAUGGCCCCUCCUCCACCGCAGCCGCCGCCUCCUCCUCCUCUGCUGCCGCCCACAUGCCGUCCAGCCUCUUCCUCAACGCCGGCCUGCAGAACGGUGUGUUGCUCCGCACAGAGGUGGAUAAAAACUCCGGGCAGCUUUCCGAUUCGCGCACGCGCUUCCUCGGGCUGCGCGCGCCGAAACUUUUCGGUGCCCAGCUGAGGGAGCGGCGAGCCAUGCUGUGCCUUUCCAGCCGCCCGUGGCUCGGGUACUCACUUCUGGGAAGCUUCCAUUUGACACCUCUGUCCUAUGAGGCUUUAGAGUAUGCUGCUCCGUUUGCAUCGGAUCAGUGUCCAGAGGGUAUUGUGGCGGUGGCAGGGGAAACGCUGCGGGUUUUCACGGUGGAACGCCUUGGAGAGGUUUUUAACCAGACGGUUAUUCCGCUAAGGUACACCCCGCGCAAGGCUGUACUGCAUCCCCGUUAUAAGAACAUUGUUACUAUAGAGAGCGACCAGGGCGCUUUUUCGGCGGAAGAGAGGGAGGAGCUGCGGAAGGAAGCGAUUGAAGUGACGGGAGCUGCAGAGCGGAUGGAGGAGGAGAGGCGAGAGAGGAAAGAGGCUGCGAGGGCAGCGAGAGGGGCCCGAGGGGAAGACGGAGAGGAGGGGAUGGAAGAGGAGGAGGAAGAGGAGGAAGAGGAGGAGGACGAGAAAGCCAAAGACCCGCUACCGGACGAGCAAUUCGGGUACCCGAAAACGGUCCCGUCGAAAUGGGCGUCGUGCAUCCGGGUGAUCAACCCCAAGGCAGGCGAGACGACAUGCCUCAUGGAGCUCUCAGACAGCGAGGCAGCCUUCUCGCUCUGCACGGUCAAUUUCCACGCGGAUAAAACCGAGGGCGGGGCGGCAGCAGGGCAGUACCUGGUAGUCGGCACGGCGAAAUCCCUCCAGUUCUGGCCCAAGAGGAACCUUCUGGGAGGGUUCCUCCAUGUGUAUAAGUUUAAGGGAGAGGACGGGAGGGAGCUGGAGUUGGUGCAUAAGACGCCGGUGGAAGGAGGGGUGCCCACUGCCCUGUGUGCGUUCCAUGGAAGGCUUUUGGUGGGGGUGGGGAAUGUGUUGAGGAUAUAUGACCUUGGGAAGAAGAAGCUGCUGAGGAAGUGCGAGAACAAGCAGUUUCCGCAUGCGAUCGUGAGCAUCCACGCGUGCGGCGAUCGCAUCUACGUGGGCGACGUGCAGGAGUCGUUCCACUACGUGCAGCACAGCCGGCAGGAGAACCAGCUGUACGUCUUUGCAGACGACGUCACGCCGCGCUGGCUGACCUCGGCGCUGCGCAUCGACUUUGACACCAUGGCGGGCGGGGACAAGUUUGGCAACGUGUGUCUCGUGCGCCUGCCGGGGGAGAUCUCUGAAGAGAUUGAGGAGGACCAAACGGGCGGGCGUGUCAAGUGGGACGCUGUAGGAGGAGGGCAGCUCAAUGGCGCACCCAACAAGCUUGAGCAGGUGAUUCAGUUCCACGUGGGUGACAUCGUCACAGCCAUGCAAAAGACCUCGCUCAUUCCAGGUGGCAGCGAGUGCGUCAUCUACAGCACGAUGCUGGGGGGGGUGGGGGCGCUGCUGCCCUUUGUCUCACGGGAGGACGUGGAUUUCUUCUCGCACCUCGAGAUGCACCUGCGCCAGGAGCACCCUCCCCUCGCCGGCCGCGAGCACGUCGCCUACCGAUCCGCCUACUUCCCUGUCAAGGAUGUAAUUGAUGGGGACUUGUGCGAGCAAUUUCCAUCACUUUCGCUGGAGCUGCAAAAGAAGAUUGCGGAAGAGCUUGAUCGCACGCCAGGAGAGAUUCUCAAGAAGCUAGAGGACAUAAGAAACAAGAUUCUCGCGUUGAAGGAAAAGAUAUCCACGCAGGUGCAGGUUCCAGCUGGCAGCCAGCGAUUGGUCUUCCGAGGGAAGGUUCUUAAGGACGAUCAGACCCUCGCAUCCUACGGCAUCAGCGCGGGCCACGUGGUGCACCUGGUCUCGCGCCUCACGGGGGACUCCUCCCCUUCUUCCGCGCAUGGCGCGCGCGGGGGCGCGGAGGGGGAGGGGAUUCGCGGAAGGGCAAGGCUGUUGCGCGGGGGACAGGGGAGGGGCGGAGCAGGGGGAGAGAGGGGCAGCGGCGGCGGUAUGGGCGGGAUACGCAUCGUUCCGGGGGGAGGCUUGGGUCAUGUGCAGAUUGGCGGCCUGCCUGCCUCUGGAACCGUUCAUCUGGGCACGUUCAACCUUCAAUCGGACGGCUCGCAGGGCCUUCCGGACUUGAACCAGAUCGUGUCGGGUGUGCUGUCAUCCAUCGGCCUCGGGGCCUUGGGGCUGGGGGGCAUGGGGGACGGCAUGGGGGGAGGCAUGGGGGUAGUUUUGGGGGGGGGCAUGGGAGGAGGGGGAGCAGGGGGUGGGCGAGUGGGGGGGGGUGGAAGCGAGGCAGCAGGUCCCAGUGCGAAUGUCACGAUUGACAUUGCUCCCAUCUCGAUGCGAGCCACUCAGGCUCUCAGACGCCCCUCCCCGGCUGCACACGGUAAUGCUGCCCACGGCGCUCAGACCACCGAUGCUGCUGCUGCGACUUCGGAUGGAGGUGCAGGCAGGGAUGGGGGAGGAAGGGCGGAAGAAGAGCAAGCAGGGGAGCAGAGAGCGGGGAUGGAGCAAGGCGGGGGUGACGCUGGGGAACGGAGGGAGGGAGCAGAAGGGGCAGAGGGUAGAGGGGGCGGGGUGCCAGAGGUGCAAAUUCACAUGGACACCAUGGGUGUGGGCGGCAGCAUGGGCGUUGCUGGCCUGCCUCUCAUGAUGGCUCUUGGCGGCAUGGGACCAGGGGGGGUGGGGGGCCUGGGGCACCAUGGGGAGGAGCAGGAGGAGCGGGGUGCACGGCAGCAGCAGCAGCAGCAGCAGCAGCAAGGAGCGGGGCAUGCAGGGAGAAGGGACGCCCUUUCCACUGUGGACGAGUAUAUAUCACGCGUGGAGGGUCAGCUGAGGCCUUCAGAGCAGCUGGAGCACUUGCCGCCUGUGGGUGCUGCUGCUGCUUCUGCUGUGACUGAUUCAGGAGCAACAGGCACACCAGAAGCAGGAGGGGCAGCAGGAUCAGCAGGGGCGCGAGCAGGAGCAGGAGGAGAAGCAGGAGAACUAGAAGCAGUAGCAGAGGCGGCGAUGAGAGAGGCAGUGGAGGGCAUGCAAUUGCCGUUGCUGCAGCAGAUGCACUUGCAGGCACAGGCACCAAGUGUGGCUGGCAGGGAGGGGGCGAGAGGUGGGGGGUUGGAGCGAGGGCGCGGAGAAGGUGGGGGAGGAAUGGGGGGGAGCAUCAGAUUUCCUCUGUUCGGAGGCCAGCAGCAAUCUGCAGCAGCAGUGGGACGCACCGCAGCAGCUGCUGCGGCAGGCACAGGAGCAGCAGCAGCGCCAUCAGCAUCAGUGGCCGCGCCUGUUGCAAGCUUCUCUCUCCCAGGCGGGGUGCACGUGGGGCCCUUUGGCGUUCCUGGUUUCGCCGCACAUCCGCCUCGCUCCGCCCCCUCUCGCCCUGCUGCCCAUGCCCGCCCUCCAGCUGACAACGCCACCGAUGCUGCAACUCCUCCUGAUGCUCCUGCUGCUGCUGCUGCUGUUUCCACUGCUACUGCUGCCCAUGGACAGCAGCAGCAGGGGCAACAGGAGCCACAAGGACAGGCUGGGGGGCAGCAGGAGCAGCAGCAGGGGCAGGGGCAGCAGCAGGGGCAGGGGCAGCAGGUGCAGGGGCAGCAGCAGGGGCAGCAGCAGGGGCAGGUGGGGUCACUGGUGGAGCAGGUGAGGGCAGCAGCACGGCUGUUCCACAUGCAGCAGGUUCUGGCUGAAUACAACUCCCACAUGCAGGGCCGCGGGCAGAGAGCGCAGAGGGAGCAGCAGUCGCAGGGGCAGCAGGGGCAGCAGGGGCAGCAGGGGCAGGAGGUGCAGCAGCGGCGGGCAGAUUACGAAUCUGAGAUGCAGGAGAGGCGAGAGCGGCAGGAGGGGCAGGGUGCGGGGAGGGAGGAGAGAGGGCAGCAGGAAGCGCAGGUACAGGAACUGCAGCAACGGGAGGAGCAGCAAGAGCAAUCGCCACAACAGCAGCAGCAGCAGCAGCAGGAGCAGCAGGAGCAGGCAUGGUUUGCAGGGCAGCAGCCGCUGCUACAGUUCCCUGCGACUGUAGCACUGGUGGGCGGGUCUGGCCCGUUCCCCACCAUAGUCAUGCGCCCCCAGCUGCUGCCAGGGGCGGGCGCAGGGGGGGAGGUGCAGGCGCAGGGGGGAAGCAUAGCGAGGGGGAUGGGCACACAAGAAGGGGUCCCGGGUGCACAGGCAGGGGGGGUGGCUGCACAGGCAGGGGGGGUGGCUGCACAGGCAGGGGGGGUGGCUGCACAGGCAGGGGGGAUGGGCAUACCUGCCGGGGGGGUGGGGGUGCAAGCAGGGGGGCUUGAGGCGCUGCUGGGAGGGCUGGGAGGCUUGGGUGGUCGAGAGGGAGAAGCACGGGUGGUAGGCAACGGAGGCGGGGCAGCAAGCAGGAGUGUAGGUGGGGCGGAGGGGUGUGGGGCGGGUGGAGCAAUGAGGUCCAGUCAAGGGGGAGGCACGUCUGCCAAGGAGAGAGGCAAGGCCCUUUCAGAUGCUGUUGCUGCUGGAAAUCUGAGCUUGCUUCUAUGGCACCUGCGGCAUCGCUGGUGUGUCUAUGUUGGUGAUUCCUGCAACGCUGAGUGCCUUUAUGAUGCUGGUUCAUCUGUGUGGUGUGUUCCUUAUGUCGACAUGCCUUCAUGGAUGGCAUGGCAUGGCAUGGCAUGGGAUGGCAUGGCAUUGAUGGCGCAUGUGUUGAUCUGCUGGCAGGAGGAAUCAAAGGAGUGGGAGAGGGUGAUGGAGGCGGAUGACGUGGCACAGCGCCACAUGGCGCCGCAAGAGGGGCUGUCGAAAGCAUAUCUGAGCGGGAGGUCGAGGAGGACAGGCAGAGAGCUCCAGCAACACUUGGGCUCGCCUCAACCGCGCGUCGCAAACAUCAACGAAGCAUUUGAAAGGCAUGGGGUCCCUGCUUCUUGCGAAAAGCAGAUUGCACAGGACGAUGGUAAUCCUCCAGCCAGCUCUUUGGGAGCAACAAAUUCUGUUCAGGUGCCUUCGCGCCGUCGGUUGCGGGAGGAGAACGGCACUCAGGAUGAGGAAGAUGGUGUGAAUCGUAGCUUUAGGGGCUCCAAGCAUCACAAGAGCAUGGAAAGUGCAUGA